AUGAAAUCACGACGGGCGAUGAAGACGACGAUCGAUCGGCUUCCGAUAUUGACUCUGAGUCGGGAUUGGAGUCGGGGUCGGGGGAUUUCAGUGUGUUCUUCAGACGAUGUAAGUCUUUCGCUUCCCACUUCCUCGAUUGAGCGUCGUGUAGCUCGCAGUCUCCUCGGAGAAGGAGUUUCGGGUAAGUCUCCUUCUUCUACCUGCGUCGCCGUCGACGGUGCUUCUGCUGCUUCCAUCCGCCGCCGAGGACUUCUGUCUAUGUUCCUUCUUCGUUAA